AUGUUUAUGGACCUAGUGCAGCGUCUGUUCUCACAGACGCUCAAACGUCGUGGUCAAAGGCCUUGUUUAUUUAUUAAAUUACUUAUAAUAUUAGCAGUGUUAACUAUAUUUAUAGCGAGUAUUUGUGCAAAUUAUGAGUAUGACCUAAAAACAAUUAUUGCUUUAUCUACAUUAAGUCAAGUAGGAUUAAUAAUAAGAAUUUUAAGAAUAGGUUAUUAUGAAGCUUUUUUUCAUUUAUUAACUCAUGCUCCCUACUACAAUGCUAUAUUUAAGGCUUUAUUAUUUAUAUGUGCUGGUAAAUUAAUUCAUUUAAUGAAUCAAUCAAGUGUUUGUUUAAUAGGGGGAUUAAGCUUAUAUAUUCCUUUAACUUCAUUAUGUUUAAAUAUUUCUAAUUUAGCAUUAUGUGGUAUUCCUCUUUUAGCUGGGUUUUAUUCAAAGGAUUUCAUUUUAGAGGUAGUUAGAAUAAGAAAUUUUUUUUUUUUAGUUUUUUAUUUAUAUUAUAUUUCUACUGUAUUAACUAUAUUAUAUACUAUUCGUUUAUUUAUAUAUUUAAUAGUGAAUGAUUACAAUUUAUUUUCAAUUUAUAAUUUAUUUGAAGAAGAUUAUAUUAUAUGA